AGUUGUGUUGAGGCAUUUGCUACAGCAACAUAAAGUAGUGAACCCGACUGGAAGGCAGACGCAGCAGCUGCAAAAAUUCACUCUUCUCAUUCAUUUGGUCUUGUUGAAUUUAAUGUGAUCUUUUUUUUUCUUCGUCUUAAUUUGUGACAGUAAAUGAGUUAAAAAGCCUAAAUACUGAUUUUAUUUUAAAAUACAGUAUUCUGUAUUGUUGUAAAAGUAAAAUUCGGGAAAAUUGUGCAAGGAAGACGCCAGCCCAGGCAGGAAAUAAGUGAAUUUCCAAAGUGAUUUUUCAUCAUUAUUGGAUGCAUAUGGCAGUCUUCCAUCAUAAGACACCCUGGUGACCUCUGAUUUUGAACGCGCAUAUUCCUGGUAUAUCUUCAGAGCUCCGUAAAGAUAUUACUUCUGCAAAAUGCCAAUCGUGAAUUCAUCUUUACGUGCAUUCUAAAGUGGAAUUUAUUAAAUUCUGUGCUAUUUACUGAGUGGAUUUGUUCGUGAUGAUCCAGUGCAGUUUCUUUUCUCCACAUCUUCAAUACGAAAAGUACUGAAAUUCAGUCUUUCGUAAAAAAGGCACGAGUAUUUAACAUUAAAUGGCGAAUUGCGCUAUUUGGUUCCACAUGAGAUAACUCUGCUCUACUCCGCUGGACGGUUAUAGAGCACCUCGAGUGUUUUUUUUUCAACACUUCACAUUAAUUCAUUUCUCUGUGUUAUUAUUAUUAUACCAGUAUUAUAAUUUUAAAACAUAAAAGAAAGAAAUAGUAUUUCGAAGGUGUUUGUGCUCACUGGUUAGUAAAGUGAAAUUAUAAAUAUUUGAGUGCUUCGUGUGGUUUAAGAAGAAAAAAAAAGAAAGAUUAUUUUUUUUAUUAAAAGAAGAUGUGAAAUACUGUUAGUUCAACGUUAUUGGAGGAUAAAAAGAAGAGGAGAAAAAAGAGUUUGUAAAGUGUCUGGUUAACACAGAAAUCACUCAAGUGGAUUCAACAAUCGAUAUAGAGAAAACUGCACGGAUUUUACACACAUCAUCAAGGAUAAUUAACUCUCAUCUUUCUCUUUUGUCCACUGGAUGUGUUAUUGACAGAUUUUUUCCUCAAUCUGUUCAAGAUGUCAACUGGAUUAAUGUCUUGUGUGCGCGAAAAUUCACCUCCAUUGGAAGGUGUAUCCAUACAACAGGAGGAUGAUGGGGGAUUCUCACAUUCACCUGAACCACCAGAAACACAGAAACGCAGGCGAUUUCAUCCACUGAGAAAUCUUCGGCGAAUCUUCCGGAGACGAACUGUUCCACGAGGUGACUUCGCAGGACAAAGUGGCGACAACUGCAGUAGUAUUCCGAGCGGUAGAACUAGUCAGAUGGUUAAUUCGUCUGACUCCAGUUCACCACCAUCAAUAGUUGAUGUUACGGCAUCUGGAUCAGUCACGUCUGGUGGAUAUACGACAACCAUUUACUUGACAAAGGAAAGACUGGAAACUAAUUUAGACAGCCGAACAGGAAGGGUCGGUAAAAGAAAAGACACGCUGGAUGAGAUGGAUCGAGACAUGACUGACUAUCAAAGAAGUUUUAGUGAAGGACUACUCCUGGACAGCGGAUACAGUCGAGAGGCUUUAUCGCAGUCUCAUGAUAGCGUAUUCUCCGAAUCAGCUACGGCUAGCAGUUUAUCAAUUGUUCUGAAGGCUGAACUAGUUGAUGUAUUGCGAAAACGGAGAAAUCGUCCUGAUGCAUCCGACGAGGACUUAGGUUUACCACAUAGCCCAACGACACCACAGAGGAAGGAUUACCCGUUGAAUCACAGCGAAGGAUCACUGAGUUUAUUGAGUAUGGUUAGUUCGGACAUGGAGCCAGAACCUUACACCAUUCUAAGCGGCAGCAAUGGGACUGCAAAGAGAUCCCUUGACAUCUUUCAAAUUUCAGAAGAACAUGACUUGAAUUUGUCAAUUGGAUCAAAACUGAGUCAUUCGGCUGCCAAGCAUAAAAUGGCUGUACGACCGAAUAAGAAGAAGGGGCCCAGUAGACAUCGUAAGGCAAUUGAGCUAAAAAAUACAGUUUUGCCAGUCACACCGGAACUCAAUGAAGAGACAAUUAAGUCAGCGUCGAGGGAUGCAUUGGACAAAAAAGUGAGAUCAAAGUCUCUGCCACCGGGUGUUAAUUCGAAGAUGAUGGAACAACAAUCUGGAAAUUGUCUGCAAUCAUCCACAAAUAUGUUCACAAGUUCAACUGAGUCAUCAUCAUCUACAAUUUAUGUCAAUCCGCAGUUGUCCAAGAGUUAUGCAUUUGAGAAGGAGACCGAGAGUGUGUCAUCAGAGGAACGAUCAGAUGCCCUGGCUGUGGACAUAAAAGCGAAAUUGCGCAAAUUGAGUAAUGGAAGUGGGGAAAAUCUUGAUAAAUUGAAUGGGGAGGAACGUAUAAAGGAAAUUAGUGAUGAAAGUGGAAGACCGAAGGGAUUGAUGGAGAAUAAAAUAAGACAACCACGAUCAGGAGCAGCAGCCAGGCAACGUAUUAUACCCAAAGAUUUGUCAUUCUCUCCAGAAAUCACAAGAAGCACAAAAAUUGCAAUUGGUGACACUACUACUUCAGCUGUGCUGAAGGAGACAUCGGAGAUUCCAAAAAUUUGUGAUUAUCUGCCACGAUCCGAACCAAAGAUCUCAAGUGAGAAAUUAUUUGCCAAGUCUCUGAUUCAGGGUGGAAUUUCGGUGAAAUGUCGCGAAACUGUGACACCAAUUCGAGGCAAUGAUGAGCAUUCGGAUGCUGUGGCACCUCCACCGAAGGUAGUCUGGCCAGAUAAUGCAUUUUCGGCGGGAAAGACCAGAACUGUAGAGAUGAGAAAGUCACCACGGAGAAAGAGUGUAGAAAAAUCCAAGAGUUUCCGUUUCUAUACGGAAAAUGAUGCAGAAAAAUUGUCACAGAAUCACCUACCGAGUCUACCAGAUCUCUCCCUGGCCACGUAUGAUGAUAAAUCGUCAUCGACCACGAGGAGAAAUUCCCUAAAGUACACACCAAGCAUGAAAUUUGAGAUAAAUGAUAACAAUCUGGUGAAUCCGAAGGAAGAGAAGCAUCACUUUGAGAUGACCAAUUCGUGUGGCAAGAAUAUCAUUUUGACUCCCAAUAAAGUCAGCAAUCCCACAAAUAUUUCGCAAAUUGAAGAGAACAUCGAUAAAUUGGUUAAAAGUACCUUUGUUACGGUGCUGAAAAAGUCUGCGAACAAUGGCACAGAAGUGGUUGAAGCUAAGAUUCGCCAUACACCAACCCGGGAGACAUCGAUUGAUCGUGAUGGUUCUGAAGGAGAUCUACGAGAUAACAGUAGCGCCGACGCGGUAAAAAAUCGCCGAUCGGCAACAUUUGCAUCGGAAGAUGAUCCAAAAGUUCCUGAAUUUAUGAAGAUUCAACUGAAUCGGGUGGAUUCAACCCGUCCGAAGAGUCAUGUGGUGCUAUCGAAGAAUGUCAAGGAAGAUACCAGAAGACAUAGUACAGAAAUUCUGGAUACAACUAAAGUAUCACUGGAGGACAAGAAACAACCACCAAAAGUUACACCUGCCCCUGUACACAAAAAUGCCUCAAAGAAAAUCCUAACGGAUGUCAUUCAGGUGCCUGAACCAAUAAUUUCCCGGACAACUGAAGCACUGAAUGAGGUGAAGACUGUUAUUGCUGAGAGGAGAUUGUCUGUGUCAGAUGAGAAAGCAAAAAUUGAACGGAGACUGUCUGUGAGUGAAGAUACAAAAGUUGAACGGCCCAGUAGGAAAACAUCUGAAGAUUCUGGAGUUGUGUCUAGUAGUCGUAAGGCAUCAUCAGAUGAUGAAAAUGUAGUUGUACUGCGGAAGAAAUCAUCGGCAAAUUCAUCAAAGGAGGACAAUACACCAGAAUUGAUGAAAGUAUUUGCUCGACGAUCUCUGAAGAUCAAAGAUUCCGAUGAAUUGCAACUCUAUGAGCAAUUUGAGAAAGCAGGAACAAUUGUUGGUAAAUCCACAAAGUCCAGCAAUGUAGAUAGUGAUAAAGAGAAUCAGUCAUCGAGUGAGGAGAAGCUCGAUCGAUUGUCCAAGACCGAAUCCCAGAUUGUAACAGUGACCAAUGGGAAUUUUACAAAACCACCGUCAGGAAGGGAAAAAAGUGCACAGAUUGAGGAGAAAGUGGUCACACCGAAAAAGAAUGUUGAAACUUGUGAUAAUUAUCGCAAGAGUAACCUAAUAACUCCAAAGCCAUUUGCUGCAAAUAGUCCAAAUCGCUUUUCUAGCGGUGUACUGAACUAUCGUACAACACCAACAACAUUUCAUGAUAUUCGCAAGAGUUUAGGUGUCUCGGUCACCACACUCGAACCGACAAAUCAAACAAAUCAAUCCAACAACAAUAACAAUGUUGCAAUCACCAAUGGUGUAUGCAAUAAUAACAACAACAAUCCAACGAUUAAUGGACGACAUGCAGUCUCUGCAGGUCAGACAAAUACCACAGCAGAUGACAAUGUUAGCUCCACGGAUGAGGAUAUCUGUGAAUUUAAGGGGAUCCUGCAACGACGCGCUGAAUGGGAGAAACGAGCUAAGGACGCUUGCAAGUAAAUAAAUCAAAAAUAAUUCUUUAAUACAAACAGUAGGGUAAAGUGAUAUAAUUUGGACAUAGUGUUACAAGUUGGACAAUUCGCUGGUACAAGUUGGACAUGGCUUUUUUUCUUGAUAAAUCCAGUACAAAAUUUGUUUUUAAGCAAGGAGCCGAAUUAUAAAACUAAAGCAUUAAAAAUAUACAAAUAAAAAUGAAGUACUAAAUUUAUCAAGAAAAAAGCCCUGUCCAAAUUGUACCAUAUUGUCCAACUUAUACCACUUUACCCUAGUUCUUUAAAAUGGCGUAUAAACAUUUAUAGUUUUCGGUUCUAAACGUGUUUUUACGAAGCUACAUAAAAGAGUGAGCGGGACAACACAAACUGAAUCUUAGAUUUUUUCUUUCUUAUGUUCAAUGUACAGUAACUUUAGUUACGUAAACAGUUUUUCGAAAUUGCUUAUGAGAGUGAACGAGAUAACUAGAUCUCCAUGUCUCACUAAUUCUCAUUGAAUUGUCAAAAACAUGUUUACAAAACAAAAGUUAUUGUGCGCAUAAAAAACUUUUGUUUUGUAAACAUGUUUUUGACAUUUCAAUGAGAAUGAGUGAGAUCUACACAGAAAAAAAAAAUUUUAUAAAAUUGUAAAUCUUCGUGAAUCGUAUAACCCACAAACAUGUUCGUAAAAUUUUGUACUUUUUUCACAAAGAUUGUUCGUAAAAUGAUCAUUUGACGAAGUUUUUUUUGUACUUUUACAAACAUUUGUUCGUAAAUGUUCGUAAACACGCGUUCGUAAAAUUUUGUCAUUUGUUCGUAUUUGUUCGUAAUUUUUUUUGCCAGACAAACAACAAUUUACGAACAGAUACGAACAAUUGACAAAAUUUUACGAACAUUUUUUUGUGUGUUUACGAACAUUUACGAACAAAUGUUUGUAAAAGUACAAAAAAUGUUUGUCAAAUGAUCAUUUUACGAACAAUGUUUGUGAAAAAUUUAGAAAAUUUUACGAACUUGUUUGUGGGUUAUAUGAAUCACGAGCAUUUCGUAAGUCCUCCAUAGGAUUUCACAAAUAUUUACAAACAAUUUUACAAAACAUUUUUUUUUGUGUAUAGUCAAUUCGCUCACUCUCAUCGGCAAUCUUGAGAAUAUGUUACAAUUUUGAAAAUAACAUUUGUUUUGUAAACAUAUUUUUGACAUUUUAGUGAGAGUGAAUAAUGACUACACAGUAAAAAAAUGUGUAAAAUUUUACUACUAUAAUAGUGCAAAAUCGACCAUUUUGGUUGUUUAAUUUAAAAAUGUUUAAAAUAUGCACAACAUUUUGGUAAUUUUAUUGUCACGUGAUUGAAAAUUACCACUAUUAUACACACAGAAAAA